AUGAGUGGAUAUAACAACUUGUUCGACCUGCUAGGGGAUGCGGACGACCCCGAGACGGUGGCCGCGCGAGCUCAGCAGGCAAAGAAGCUUCCUCAACAGCAACAGGCCGCGAAAAAGCAUGCGGGACCCUCGGGAUACAGCGCUGCCGGGGCGGGGGCAGCGCCAGCGGGGCAACGGCGCGUUGGCGUCCAGAGUGCCGGCGCACCUAGCGGGAGUGCGCCGCUGCGCACCAGCUCAUCCGGUUCGGGAGCGAACAGCCGCGUGUUCGACUACUACCGCGCGUUCCAAAAGGCAAGCUUACACAUGCUGUUGCAUGCGCGCAUAUGGGGCAAUGCGAGCGGGCGGCAGGUGUUUGUGGACCGCGCCACGGGCGAGGUGGUGCUGCGCUUCCACAAGACCGACGUCGUGCGCAUCCGCCCCAACGGGGACGUCCUGCUCACCGCCGGCGGCUACUUCACCCAGACCACUCUGCUCUCAAUGAACGACGCCCUCGGGGCCAUGGGCAUGGCGCUGGACGCCGGCGGCGGCGGGGGCGUGCACACGGGCAACUGGACGCUGCGCUUUGACGACGGCAGCGCUUGCGCCUACAAGGACGGGAUGGUCGUGAGGAGCCGCGGGCCGGGGGACGCGGGGCGCGCACGCGCGGUGCUUGAGGCAUACAGCGGCGCCCCCGUGCCCGCAGGCGUGCUGCCGGUCGCAGCGCCGCAGCCGGUCCCGCGGCCCGCCGCUGUACCGCAGCAGGCACGGCAGGCGCCGCAGCCGAGGGUCUCCGGUGGGGCGGGCGCUGGCGCGCCGUCGUGGGCUGGCGCGUCGAUGCCACCUGGAUCCGCUCAGGGAGGGCCAACGGGGGCGUCUCUGCUCACACAGCAGCCGCAGCACCACCAGCAGCAGCACCAACCUCACGCCGUGGCAGCACAGCAGCGGUAUGGGGCUGCCGGCCCCGCCGACAGCCGCGGCCACCACGGCCAUGCGCCGCGCGCCGGCGACCCGGCGGCCGUGGCGCGGCAGCUUGCGGCAGCCGCAGAGCGCGCGGGCAUGCACGACGAUGACCUGGACGAUGACGAGGCGUGCGUGGUGUGCCUGGCGGCCGCGCGCGACACGGUUCUUGUUCCCUGCGGCCACGUGGUAUUGUGCAGCGACUGCUGCGAGGACGUCAAGGCGGGCAGCAACGAGUGUCCCAUGUGCCGCAACAGUAUAGCAGAGUCGAUACAGAUGGGGUGA